AUGCCUCCAACUAAGCGAAAAGUUGACGAUGCAAUCCAUGUACCUCGCAAGUCCUCUCGCCCUUCGAUCACGCCUGAUCGCUAUGGACAAUCUUCAAGAGCAGACCUUCAAGAGAAAUUGCAGUACGAUCAACAGUCUUCUAUGACCAUACCAUCGUUGUCGGUCGAUAGCAUCGAGGCGAUAUUCGAAGAAUACGAUCGCUUGGUGUCGUUCAUGCCGUUGCAACGCUCGGGCAGCGACAAGGAAGUGCUUAGACGGCAUAAGGAGAUUGAGAAGGCCACAGCUGCAAUCUUCGACAUCCAUCAGCGUGCCCAGGAGAAGAUCACAGCUCUGUGUCAGCAAAUCAAUUGGCAUACGAUGUGGCAACAUCCUGGCUGGAAAGAUCCCAAGUGGUACUGGAACGGCAACAUCUUUGACCUCGAUGGCGAGCAGAUAUGUGCUACAUUUGAGGAGCACCCUAUACAAGACACUUCGGACUUUCGCCGGUAUCUGGCUCGAGUCAUGAACGGAAACCUCCCCAAAGGAGAUACAGGCAGUUACUGCGAAUACGAUGAGAAAAUCACUGCUAUCAUGACUUCCGUAGGAAGGUCCCAUGACCCCCGUGCCAGCUUCAAUACAUUCCAGCUUUCCAACACCAUUCUGGAAGGAGUAACGUGUACGAAGUAUAAGGGCGAGAAUGUGCUGCCAACCAUCAUGCGUCGCAUCAAUGAAAGCGAAAGUCUCAGGGAGGGGAUGAUUACGAGGAUCAGAACCUGCUUACGCAACGCGGGAGGGGAGUAUCUUGACUGCGCUGCAGCUCGACGGAGCAUUUGGAGGUCUUAUGCAUCUGCCUUAUCCCAGGAUGAAGAUGUGCACGCUUACCACGACUGCGUACAUGGCUACCUGUUGCGCAUCCUUGAGCAACUCCAACUCAAGGCUAAAGAAGGAAUUCGAAGAAACACAUAUCUCGCGGUAGGAACCAAGCUGCCUACGGAGCUAGCAGACUUGGUCCUCAAUGCUGCUCUUUUGGCCGAAGAAGUCCCACUCGGUACCAGCAUCGCUGAGGAAGUCGAAGUCGUGUAUCAACCUGCCGAGCACUGGGAUAAGGAAGUGCUUAGAAGGAAGAAGGUGCUCGAGAAGUACUCGUGUGUUUUCGUGCAGUACGAUCGAAGUGACGACCCAACUCGAUAUGGUGGUAUGUUUCGUGCGACUGGCUUCGCGCGUCGCCCGAAGUAG